AUGCAUGUAGCGACUAUUUCUGAUGGGAAUGUCAUAAGCGUGUAUGUAAAGCUCAAAGAGUCAGAGAAAUUUGCAUUGAAUGAUACUGAAGACGUAGUCCUUGGAUCCAAGACGGCAGAGGUCACUGUAACAGGUGACAUAAUGGGAAGGCCUCUGGACCAUUUAGAUAAUCUCCUGCAGCUGCCGCAUGGCUGUGGAGAGCAGAACAUGAUUAAAUUGGGCCCUGUCAUAGCGACUAUACUAUACUUCAGCAUCACAGGACAACUAACAGAUGAGAUUAGUGAGAAAGCACAAGGUUUAAUGGAAGAAGGUUAUCAGAACGAACUGAACUUUAGGCACACUGAUGGGUCAUAUAGUGCAUUUGGGAAUAAAGACCCCUCAGGAAACAGUUGGCUUACGGCAUUCGUAGCUCGUGUUUACUUUCUUGCUGAGCAAUAUAUUUCUGUAAAUUACACACAUAUUUCUGAGUGUCUGAAUUGGCUGAAGAGCCAGCAGCAGGAAGAUGGCUGCUUUAAAAAUGUGGGCUCUCUUAUUCACCGGGAACUCCAGGGUGGGGUGGAUAGUGCGACCGCACUUACAGCAUAUAUCACUGCAACAUUCGUACUAAUAGGCGAUCCACAAUAUGAUGACGUAAUAAAUAAGGCAAAGACAUGUCUGGGGAAGUGCACUGAGCCGGAAAGUUCUACCUACACAAAGGCACAGUGUGCCUACACCUUUACUCUACUUGGUGACACAGAAAAGAGGACCCAACUUUUAAAGCAGCUAAAUACAGUAGCCAUAGAGAAAGAUUACAAAGGGGUGUGCUGCUUCCCCUCCCUGGAUAUUGGGGUCCCCGAUAAAUGGGAGGUGUAUCGAUACUCAGGGAUUUAA